AUAAAUGCUAGUAUGUAGAGUGAGCAAGCCACUAACUCAAUUAGAAUUCUCCAAACACUCUAGAAUUUGCAUGCACUGUUCUUCAUACAAUGGCAUUACGCGAGCUUCUUAUGAUGGGGAUAUUGCUGCUGGUAUGUCUUGCUAAGGUUUCAUCUGAUGUUAACAUGCAAAAGGAAGAAGAUGAAGAACUUCGCUUUCCUAAUCACCCUCUUAUCGUGAGAGACGGGAACAGAAGGCUAAUGCAAGACAUAGAUUGCGGAGGAUUGUGCAAGACAAGGUGCAGUGCCCAUUCGAGGCCAAACGUGUGCAACAGGGCUUGUGGCACGUGUUGUGUGAGGUGCAAGUGUGUUCCCCCAGGAACUUCAGGCAACAGGGAGCUCUGUGGGACCUGCUAUACUGAUAUGAUCACUCACGGCAACAAGACCAAGUGUCCGUAGAGCCCGGCCCAUUGAAGGUCAGCCCUAUCCAAUUGGGCCCUUCACACACCGAGUUGAUUACACCAAGCAAAGUUAGUCUAGUUUAGUAAAUAAUAAAUAUGGGUUAUGUACACUUUUAUGGAUUUGGAUUUUGCAUCUUAAGAUCGUGUUCUAGUUUUUACCUUUGUUAUAAUGUAUCGUAUUGUUGGAGCCAAGUUUAUAAAUUUUAUAUAUAUUUUUUAAUUCGGGUCUCA